AUGCAUCUCAUAUUCCUCAUUGCCACCUCCCUAUUAGCAAGUUGCUCUGCCCAUUCUCAGUAUAACCCACAGCCAUAUCCACCUGUGCUCCGGUCCCGUCAAGCUUCUUUUGGAAACAGCUCUUCGCUACAAGUUGACCUUGGCUACGAGGUGUACCAGGGCUAUACUAACUCAACUACGGGGUUGAACCUGUGGAAAGGUAUCCGGUUCGCGGCUCCUCCAACUGGCUCCAACAGAUGGCAAGCUCCUCAAGCUCCUCAAACAAACCGUGUUUCUGUAAUCCAAGCGACCCAGUUUGGUCCAAUAUGUCCGCAAAACCAGGAUACAACAAACACCCUGGUGCCUCUUAACAGUACAGGGUCGAGUGAGGAUUGUUUGUUUCUCAAUGUAUAUGCUCCGCCAAAUCCUUCCAGUCCGCUCCCCGUGCUGUUCUAUAUUCAUGGCGGAGGCUAUGGAAGAGGAAACGGUCAGCAGGACCUGUCAGCUAUCAUCAACGCUAAUAACAACUCCUUCGUUGGUGUGACCAUCCAGUACAGGCUUGGUGCCUUUGGGUUUCUGGCCGGAGAUGAAAUUUUCCGGAAUGGGGUGGUCAACGCAGGCUUGCUAGACCAACAUUUCGCGUUGCAGUGGACGCAGAGAUACAUCUCUCUGUUUGGGGGGGAUCCCAACCACGUAACGAUAGCAGGGCAAUCGGCAGGCGCCGGGUCCGUCAUGCUGCAUGACAUGGCGUUUGGUGGCUCGCUUGGCCAGUCGCUUUUCAGAAAUACGAUCGCCUCAUCGCCAUAUCUACCUAUGCAGUACGGAUAUAAGGACUGGCAGCCUUCGCAGGCAUAUUACGUCUUUGCCUCAAUGGUCGGUUGCGCACCGACCUUGCCCUAUGGUGCACACCCAAACACAAUCUUUGACUGUCUUGUCAGUCAAGAUUCGACCACACUACAAAACGCAAGCGCCACCCUGUCCGAGUCUGGGAAAUAUGGGACUUGGGCUUUCUUGCCGGUAACGGACGGCAUCUUUGUCCAAGAUCUUCCCAGUCGCCAGCUUUUGCGGAAAGAGCUUAAUGGGCUAAAUUUGCUGGUGAGCAAUAACGCUCUUGAGGGACCAGCAUAUACCCAGCCCAAUAUUACGACCGAAGACGACCUAGUGGCGUGGUUACAGCUGACGUUUCCGCUGUUCACAAACGAUGACAUUGCAAAAGUUCUUCUCUAUUAUCCAAGUUCGAAUGACUCGACAGACCCCGAUGCCCCACUGUAUGCUUCUUCUGGUUCUGGGCUACCGAGUUUCAUCAACCAGAGCAGCGUUGCCACAGGACAGCAGCAAAGAGCCUUUGCUAUAUAUUCGGAAACGACCUUUGUUUGCCCUUCGUACUGGAUGGCAGAGGCAUACAGUGAUCACGGACGCAAUUCAUUCAAAUAUCAAUAUUCCGUACCUAUUGCCGUUCAUGGAAGCGAUCUGACGGCAUACUUUGGGCCGCCAACACCGAAUCAAAGCCCGGACUUUGUCAACGCAGCCAUGAAGAUUUGGGGCGCUUUCAUCACGUCGGACAACCCAUCUAUCCCCAGUGCUAUUGCCAACGGACUUUCGUCCAACAGCACCCUAAGCAAUCCGGCUUCUGAUUGGCCUCCGUUCAAGAUGUACUCGCCGUAUCAGAUCAACCUCAACAUCACUGGGGGCACACCGUUCGCAUUCAAUUUGUCUUACAUCCAAGCUAACUUGACGGAAUACGGGGAACCGGGCCUGGUGAACAACUUCACCUUGGUCAAUGCGUAUACAUGGGAAGCUGGGAGAGGAUAUCGCUGUGACAUGUGGAGGAGCCUAGGGUCGAUCGUGCCCGAGUGA